AUCAUUGGCACGUCUCUCAGAUAUGAAACUGUUUGUGCGGGGUUGUGAUUUGUGCCCGCCCUUGUUGGACCACGCCUCAGAGUACCGCGAGCUGCUCAGCCAGCCAGGGAGGAACAACCAAAACAAGCAUGAAGGACAGGCAGUACGGGGUGCUGCCGUGGGCUCUGCGGGGGCUGCUGCUAGGCAUGGCGGCACUGCUGCUCCUUGGGUCCGGGGGGCUGGUGUGCCUGCUGCUUGGGCACAGGGACCUAACACAGCACGUGGCCCGGCUGGAGGCACGGCUGGAGGCCAUGGAGGGCGGACCCCGACACACGGAUCCCCCGGAGCCGCUGCAUCACAGCAGGAGGCGGCGGGGGGCCGAGGCCUCUGGAGGAGACCACCAGGAUGCUCUGAUGAUGAUGACAUACUCCAGGGUGCCGCUCAAACUCUUCUUGGAUCUUUGUAACAGCUCCAGAGGGAUUUGUUUGACAGGCCCCCCUGGACAACCAGGUGAGCGUGGGAAAGACGGUUUGAAAGGACGGGAUGGCAUGCCAGGAUUGGACGGCAAGCGGGGAAAAAGAGGUUCACCUGGGGAAAAGGGAGAACAAGGACCUAAAGGAGAUACUGGUUCAACAGGUCCUCCUUGUCUGUGGGGUGCAGAAGGUCCUGGAGCCCCUCCCAGUGAGGUCGGGCCCCUACAGACGAUACAGAACACAACCAUGGGGGCCCGUUCCAAUCAGGGGAAUGUGUCUGUGGGUCAGUUGGUCAAAUGGGUUCUUAUUCAGUUGGCAACAGACUCAUCUAGUACACCCAGGCCCCAGGAGGAACUCAAGGUCAUGGAGCAUGAUCAAACAUCUUUUGAUUCAGAGGGUCGCAACCACACUGUUGCUAAAACAGAUGCAGAUUACGGUAGAAAACAUGUCAUCAAAACAGAACUACCACCAAUAUAUGCUGACCAAGGAAACAACAGCUCUGAUUGGUCUUUCACCAGGUCUUACAGUGUUACAGCCUCCCCUGCUGCCAGCCCAGGUCAACCAAGCAUCUUGAACAGGGAUGAGGGACAACCAACCAGCACAACUUUGGAAUACGAACUACCACCAAUGUAUGCUGACCAAGGAAAAGAGAGCUCUGAUGGGUCUUUCACCAGGUCUUACAUUGUAACAGCCUCCCCUGCUGCCAGCCCAGGUCAACCAAGCAUCUUGAACAGGGCUGAGGGACAACCAACCACCACGACCUUGGAAUAUGAACUACCACCAAUGUAUGCUGACCAAGGAAAAGACAGCUCUGAUGGGUCUUUCACCAGGUCUUACAUUGUAACAGCCUCCCCUGCUGCCAGCCCAGGUCAACCAAUCAUCUUGAACAGGGCUGAGGGACAACCAACCACCACGACCUUGGAAUACGAACAAACCGAUUUAAAUCGAAGCAAUGAGAAGUUGCAUCUUGAUGCUGCAGGCCCUAGUAACAUAACAGAACUACCACCAAUGUAUGCUGACCAAGGAAAAGACAGCUCUGAUGGGUCUUUCACCAGGUCUUACAUUGUAACAGCCUCCCCUGCUGCCAGCCCAGGUCAACCAAUCAUCUUGAACAGGGCUGAGGGACAACCAACCACCACGACCUUGGAAUACGAACAAACCGAUUUAAAUCGAAGCAAUGCGAAGUUGGAUCUUGAUGCUGCAGGCCCUAGUAAAAUAACAGAUUCCUCCACUACAACCCCAGGUCACCAGAAAACACUAAAGAGUGCAGAGAAGGAGGAACACAGAGCCAUCCUCAUGGAACACGGCGGGACGGGGGAUUUGGAAGCCUCUUCUUCUUCAACCCUCGCACCACGCAGUAGGCUGAGCAGUGCUGAGGAGGAGGAAAACACACCCAUGGAACCCGUCCAUUUGCCGGGCAACAACAACUUGACUGGAACGGAGAAAGAAAUUACAGAUAAAACAUCUGCUUCAUCCUUACCUGGUCUGCACCAGACCAACGACUCGUCUAAAGAAGCUGGCAAAGGGACGUUUGAAAGAACUGAGAACGUUCUCAGAACCAUAACGUGUUUUGAGAAUGUCACCCAGAUGCAGAGCACGUUCGGAGCUUGGGUGGCAGACGCAGCCCCUCUGCGUGAAGAGCGCUACUGGCUGCUGGACCACUUCUCAGGUCGAAUUAUAUUGGAGUAUCCGAACCUUUUAUCCUACCUUAAGAGUGGUGGAAGGAACACACUCCUAGACAAGUUCUACCAGGGCUGUGGGAGUGUGGUCUACAACGGCUUUCUGUACUUCCAUAAUGCAGGCACAAACAAACUGCUCAAAUUCAACUUGGAGACCAAGACGACAAGCUUUCUUGUUAUUGAAAACACAAGGCAUCGCCACCGCUCAUAUCUGUUCGAAAACUCAAAGACAUAUUAUAAGUUUGCGGUGGAUGAAAGCGGUCUGUGGGUUAUGGCUGCAUCAGCCACUGAUGAGACUUUAGUAGUGGCCAAACUAAACCAUGAGAGCUUUUCUGUGACAUCCAUUAUUCACACCAGGUACCCUAAAUCCAAAGCGGGGAAUGGAUUUAUUGCAUAUGGGAUACUUUAUAUCACUGAUUCGAAAGACAAAAAGAUCACACAUGGCUUUGAUUUGGAAAGAGGAGUAUCUCUGGCUGUGAGCUAUGCUUUGAGGCAAGCGAACGGCAUCCUGGCCAUGCUGUCCUACUACCCUCACAAACAAGUGCUGUACAUGUGGGACAACAGCAGUCUGAAGACGUGCAAGGUUCACUUUGCAGUUCUGAAGAAGGAAUAGCAAGUCCUGUUGUCCACCUGUAGUUCACCUGUAAUCCUCUAGUCCACCUGUAGUCCACCUGUAGUUCUCUAGUCCACCUGUAGUCCUGUAGUCCACCUUUAGUCCUGUAGCCCACCUGUAGUACUGUAGGCCAUCUGUAAUCCACCUGUAGUCCUCUAGUCCACCUGUAAUCCACCUGUAGUCCUCUAGUCCACCUGUAAUCCACCUGUAGUCCUGUAGUCCAAAACAUGUUGAAAGCAAACAUGAUGAAUGUCAUUUUAGUCACGUCAUUCAAUAUGUUAUGAAUUGAAUGUUGCUAUUGUAGGUGUAGAAUAAGUACAGUUAUAUUUCCUGUACCGCGGGUCUCCCAGCGAGACAAACACACAGACACACACACACACACACACACACCUACACACACAAACACACGCGCACACACACACACACACGCACACACACACACACACACGGUCAGCCUUCGAAGAGUCCUCAGUGGUGUUUCCAAUAGCCUUCAUUCUAAUAACUACAUUUUUAGAUGAGCUGAAGUUGGAUUGUAUACCAGUAGGCCCAAACUAAUAGAAAGUUAUGAACCAUAAGCAUCAGGUUAUGAACAUAGAGGAUUAAUUCAAGAAGUUUAAGGCCUCUUAUAAUUGUAAAAGACCUAUGUAUGUAAACCUACUCUCGUCACUGAAUCCUUUUUAUUCAGCAAUAUUUGUACCAACUUUUUAGAUAAUUAUUGGUAUAAUGAAUCUAUGUUUAUAUGGAUGUCUUAUUUCAAAUAUGUUAUAGCCUAAUUGCUGAAAUGGUAAGCUGUAUCAACGUGGAUGUAUAUUUCAUGUUUUCAAUAAAUUAUAUUAUUGCAU